AUGCAUAUCCAUGCACCAUUGAGUCUGCUAGCCUUUGCGGCAGCUGGCUCAGCAGCUCGCAUCGUCGCGACCGACAAUGUCCCUCUCCUCGGACCAGCCUUUGCCAGCAACUUUGACAUUACCAAGUCAAAGGCUAUCGAAGACGCCAAAGCAAAGUUCCCAGACCUCAUCGAGGAACUCUUCGAAUCCAAGGCACUCGACAGGGAUGGUCUCAUCUUUUCCCUCGACGUCUUCUCAGCGAGCACCAACAGCUCCAUCUACAGCUACAAGCACGUCGGAAAGAGCGAGGAAAAGGCCCUCACCGCUGGAAACCUGAGCGACACGACGAUUUCUCGGACCGGAAGCGUUUCGAAACUCUUUACCGCGUACGCCAUCAUCGCCAAGGCAGGCAUGGAGGUGUUUAGUCACCCCGUUACCAGGUAUAUCCCUGAGCUCGCUGGGAACAAGAGCGAGAACCCUUUGGAAAGAAUAGACUGGGACGAGAUCACUGUUGGCACACUUCUAUCCCAUCAAGCUGGCACCGGAGGAGUUUCAGACCUCCUCAUUUCAUAUUUCAACUCUACGGACCAACCGACCGAUGAGGGUCUGAUCCUAGAGGGUUUGAAACACUACCGAGAUGUUAGGCGUCCAACAAUGACUCCACACCACACGGCCCUGUACUCCGAUGGUGGCUACAGUCUCCUGACUAUUAUUUUCUCCCGCAUGACAGGCAAGCCGUACGGUGAUGCUAUCAAAGAAAUCCUCUUUGAGCCUCUCGGACUGGACCAAAUGUCGUCAGGAGCGCCUAACGGUUCAGACAUUGAUGCUAUUGAUCGCAGGCCCGUUGAUAACUCUAGCACGUGGGGUGGCAACCCUGAGUUUGUCGCUGGAUCUGGUGGUAUUUACGGCAGCACCCGAGAUUUCCGUCUUGCUGGGCUGUCCAUCUUGAACUCUGAAACCCUCUCUGCCGCCACAACUAAAGCUUGGAUGAAGCCUAUGAGUGGAACUGGCUCCCUGGUUGAGCUGGUUGGCGCUCCAUGGGAGAUCCAGCGUCUUACGAUCCCUGCUACGCCGGGUUCAAACCGCACCCGUGUCUCGGAUCUCUACACCAAGGCUGGCGGAAAUGGUGACUACACUGCCAUCAUUGCGCUGUCCCCCGACCAUGGCAUCGGCUACUCUCUCUUGGUUGCUGGUAGUUCGGCUACUUCAGCUCGCUGGCCCCUGCGUGACGUUCUUGGCGAGACCUUUAUCCCAGCUGCCGAGCAAGCCGCCGCGGAGAACGCAAAGAAGAGCCUCACGGGCACGUUUGUCGCUGAAGGUGCAGAGAGUACUAACCUUACCAUAACCUUCGAUGAGGGCAAGCCUGGACUGGGCCUAGAGUCCUUGUACCACGAGGGUGUCGAUAUCCGCUCCCAGAUUCUCGGAUUACCAGAGCCCUUUCCCAUGUCAGUUCGACUCUACCCGGCCGGAAUCACUUCUUCAAAGUCCCUGUCCUCUCUAUACAAGAGCAAGGGCAAGAUUUCCAUCAAGCACACGGCUGUUAUCAGCCCCGUUCCACUGCCGCCUCGGGCCGCAGUCGAGGGCGGCAAGGGAGGCCUAUUUGACAAUUCACAGGCUUGGAUGAGCAUUGGGCAAUUUGGAUCCGCGGAUGAGUUUGUCUUUAACCUUGUUGAUGGAAAACUGGAGAGUGUGACGAGCAUUGCUCUGAGAGAUGCUGGCGUCGAAGGGGACUUGAAGCGAGUUGAUUAG